CCCAAGAGCGAGUGCCCCCGGCCGUUGAUGCUCGGUGACCAUUUAAACGUCGAGAAGCCCCUUAGCGUACUCCGACGCCGCGGACCAUUGUCGUCGACAGUUGACUGCAGUCGAGGCGAGCGGAUCCUUUCGAACCGGACAGCAGGUGUUGGUUCCGAGAAAGAACCAACCGGUGAGUCAGUGAUCGAAAGGUCCUGUCGAAGUCAAUGCCAGCGACACCAAGACCAGAAGAGAGAAAGGGAAAAGGCCGCGAUGUCCCAGGGGAGCUCUGCGUCUCACCGUGCCUCCCGCCAUUCCCCGCGGUCCGCAACAACUAGGCCGGCGAAUACCACAUCCUCCCCAUCUAUCCAGCGAGGCCAUCAUACCCACGAACAUGACGCGAGAGCACAGCCGCCGCGGGAUUCCAGUGGCUUCCCACAAACCCAAGCCGAGGGCGAAAACAGGGCUCCGGGCACGCGCGGCAUCCUUGAGCGCGCCGGUCCGCAGGAGCCGUCCGCGGCUCUUACACAUCCUUCAAUGACGGGAGGAACUCCGCAGCCGGGCAUGGGGGUGAGGCAAUACGGGACUGAAGGAUCUCCUGUACACCCCUAUGCUUACCAGGCUCCCGGUGUGACUACUCCGCGCCCGACAAGCCAGAGCGUCCCCGCAAGCACUUCGCCUGGGGGACCGCCUGUGCCGGCAGACCAGGGAUCGCCCCAGCCAGCUCACCCAUACCCCAUGGCUGCGAGGAGGAUCCUGACCCCAAAAUCACCGAGAACAACUAGCUUGAGUCGGGCCGCAAUGAGGACGGUGGAAGCUCAACAUCUCUCAGGGAGCAUGCCAUCCCCUAUCCCAAGAGGCGCAGUCUUGGGGUACGAUCCACAAGCACAUGGCCACGGGCUUCCCCCCAUAGGGUCAGGACCGGUGGCUCCCGCACCGACCCGGCCAAUCUCCGGCCUUUCUCGUUCGGUCUCGUACCCCAGCCUGAGUUAUGGACUUCCUCCCAUGUCGUCCGCCGAACAGCCACAUCCAGGAAGCCUAAAGCGCGAGCAUAGCGGGCGACCUGUCCUGACCGGGCUUCCGUUUCCGGCACCGGUUCAGACCACCCAACCAUUCGGUGCGCCAGAAGUCGUGGGGGAGGGGAGAUGGGGACCUGGACUUUUUAGCUCGAUCAGUGCGGCAAGGAACAUAUCCAUAACCGAUGGCCAACCGCACUUGACCAUUAUGCCGAGAGAUGGCGAGGAGAUUGUGGUUCCGGUUGAUGUGCACCAGGGAUCCAAGCAAGCAGACCAAAAGCGACAGCGCAACGCUGGGGCCUCGGCAAGAUUCCGUCAGCGAAAGAAAGAGCGGGAACGGGAGCAGCAGGAAGAGUUACAUAAGCUGGACAACGAAAACCGGGAACUGCAGAGGAGGAUCGAAGAGUUGGCCAAGCGCUGUCAGGAUUUGGAAGCCGACCUGGACUUUUACCGGAACGGCCGGAACCGCUUGCGAGAGAUAUUGAGUCAAAUGCCCGGCGGCAAGGAAUGGCUAGGCCGAGAGCCGCCCAGCCCAGCUCCGAGGGCCACGGCUGGGGGAGGCGCUCCCCCAUCCGAGGGCAGUAGGGUACAUUCUCAGCAGCAGCCUCCACCACCUCCUCAAGAUCACUCCCAGGCUGGAUACCACCACCAAACUUCGUUCUACCAGCCUCUCGCUCAUCCGCUUGCUCAUACGCACCCUCGCUCCAGUUCGUACGGCGGCGCGUCGGCGGCGCUCGAGCCGCCGGCGAGGCGGAGGAGGACGGAUUCGGAACCGCAGCUACCGACGAGCUCCUACAGCCUCGUGGGGACGUCUACAACGCUCCCGCCCAUUACCGCCCCCGCACCACUGGGCCAUCCGUCGCCGUUUGGCAUGCCCCCAUCACCGCACGUCACGCCGCCCCUGGGUGCGGCAAGAUUGCCCCCAUUGCGAUUCGACCAGUCCCGGACACCGUCAACAACCCCGCCCCCCGUCCUAACCGCCGCUCCUCCCCCGCCGUCGACGAUGCCGCCACAGCGAUCCGGCAGCCCGUAUGUUACGACAAGGAGACUCCCCUAUGAGACCGGGUGGGCGGUAGAGCCGCGUCCGGAAACAGAGGGCGGGGCCAGGUGA